GGUCGCUUCUCUCUCCUCCUCGUCGCUUCUCUCCAAUCAUAUGCCAAGCAAAGCCUUCCCUCUCACCUUUCUCAUCCUCCAAGAAACCCAAGUGGGGGUUCCCAGCUCGCUCGUCCGAGAAUUUUAGGGUUCUCGAUCUUACCCUUGAGAAGAAGAUAACCAAUAGGGAGAGAGAUGCGUCCCAGCUUUUGCCGGAGCUGCCUGGCGUUCGCCCUCAAGUUCUUGAACUUCCUACAGACCUUCGUCGGCGUCUCCGUGUUGAUCUACUCCAUAUGGGUACUCAAUUGUUGGCAUCGUCACAAGCAUCUUGUCCUCGAUCUCCGAGACGUUUCCGCCCCCUGGUUCGUGUGUGCGUCGAUGGGUGUCGGGAUCUCCCUGUGUCUGAUUUCGUUUACCGGAUAUGUCGCUGCUGAGGCAGUCAACGGCUGUUGCCUCUGUUUCUAUGCGGUUUUAUCCACCAUGCUCAUUGUACUAGAAGCAGCUUUGAUGGGUGAUAUUUUGCUAAACAAGCACUGGGAAGAGGAUCUUCCAUAUGACUCCACUGGAGAACUAAAAAAUCUUCGUGAAUUUGUAGAAGAUAACAUGGAUAUUUUCAAAUGGGUUGCUGUGAGUGUGAUUGCUAUCCAGGCACUUUGUCUUUUGUUGACACUUGUUUUGCGAGCCUUGGUUCAACCCAGAAACGAUGCAUAUGACAGUGAUGAAGAUUUUGUUGUAAUAAGGCGACCACUUCUUCACCCACAGGGUGGUGGCCCCUCUUAUGGUACAACCUCCAUUGACAACAAAGGAAUUCACUCUGACACUUGGAGUUCUAGAAUGAGACAUAAGUAUGGGUUGAACCAAAAUGAACUGCCACCCAAUGCUGUGGACCUGAAGCCCCCAGUGCCAUAAGAACAUCAACAUCGGAAGAUAGUGGUUCAUCCUGUAAGCAGUUUGAUUUGAAACUCGGCAUGUGUGUGCAACCAACCAUCUGUUAGUAGGUAAAAUUGUGGAGUCCCUUGUAACAUAUCCAUUCUCUAUGUUGCCCUGGGUAUCAUGCUGUUAAUAUCUUGUCGCUGUCUCUCACAGUGCUUUGAGAGUGCUUUGAUAUCUUGUUGCAUAACUUUUUUUCUGAACAACAAUCAGGCUUCUGGGGACCUUUGCACUUUUA